GUGCAAACGCUUUGCCGAAAUAUUGCAUAUAAAAAGGCGCACAAGCCCUUGCCAGCCGUCAGUACGACUGAAGCCGACGCAGCGAACGCAUUCGCAACGAAUACAACCAAACGUACGGAUACCAACGGACAAACGAACAGACAUAGACAUACAACAAAAGUUACUGUAGACAAUAAAGUGUAACCAAUAAAAGCGCUGCAGUAGUGUAACGUGCGCGUCAUACUUGCGAACUGUAAAUUUAAUUUUUAUAGCAUAAUUUUUGGCGCUGGUAAACGCUUAAGUGGUUUAGCGAUUUUUGGCUGAUUUUUAAUACUUAUUUGCAACACAUUUGUCUGCUUGCCGCCUUAGUGAACUCGAAAAAUUGUGCGCGCGCCUGAAACGCGACAACAAACGACUUAAAACUUCAGCUAUGGCAACUAGGCAUUUAUCAACGGCAGCGCCUGGGGCUAUGCUGCGCCUGUGGCUAGUGCUCUGCAUGACUUUGAAUGCGCUCCAACAACCACACCUGAUUCAGGCUGUGUCCAUUGAUGCUGACGGUCCUGCUGCUCCACCCUACGACCUGGACGCGUUAAUAAAUCAGCUUGUGUAUCCAAAUCCGGUAUAUCAAUUGCAUGCCUCCGCGCUACGCAGUCAAUUGCGCAACUUGCUACGCGAACGUCAGCUGGCCGCCGACUCUGCCGCUCCCAACGAGUAUGAGCAGGUUUACAACGCUGCAGCGCCAGACUAUGACUAUAUCGACGAGGACAAACGUUCCGUGGCCGCCUUGGCCGCACAGGGCAUGUUACAUCCCAAACGCAGUUUGGCAACACUCGCCAAGAACGGACAAUUGCCGUCGCUGCCCGAUCCCGAUGACGCCGAACCGACGACACAAAACGAAGACAAGCGUUAUGUUGGCGCACUGGCGCGCGGCGGCGGUUUCGCCACCUACGGCAAACGCAACAUCGGCACACUCGCACGUGACUUUCAGCUGCCACAAAAUGGCAAACGCAAUCUGGCAACAUUGGCGCGCUUGGGACUACUCACCAAAGGUGACGGCAGCAAGCGCAAUUUGGCCGCUGUGGCACGUUACAAUUCGCACGGACGCCAGGCCACGCUCGCACCGGCCGAGAAGCGUAACAUCGGCGCAUUGAAGGCAUCACCCGUGCAUGGCAUACAACACAAGCGCGAUGAGGAUGAGGUCUACUUGCCGGCCAGUUUCUUCGGCAGCGACAUGGACUAUGCUGAGUUUAUGCCCAACUAUUGGCUGUAUCCCAGCUAUGCCGAUUUGGACUGGGGUGACUUUGGACGCGCACAGAAACGCUUUUUAGAUACCUCCAGGAAUCCCGAACUUUUUGGCAUCGAAAACGCUGCACCACGCGCCGCUUCUGACUAUAUGCCGCUUAUUGGUGGCCUGGAUCCCGGUGAAGAGGCUGCGCUGUCGCAAGAGGACACGCUAGAUGUGGCUGCCGAACCGCCGAAGGAAGCACCUUAUGGGCCGCCACAACAAAAACGGCACAUUGGCGCCGUCUACCGCUCGGGCUUCUUACCCACCUAUCGUUCGUUGCGCAGCAUCACCGGCAGCUUAGGCGGCAGCAUCGGCGGCGGUGGCGGCCGUUUUAGUCGCUCUGGACGUGCCAGGCAAUUUGUAUGAGUCGAGUACUACCCCCCACACGAGCGACUGCAUCAACCCACCGCGGCCGCUUGUAAACGCUGUUUCCUACCCUACCGCCCAGUGGUGCACUGGGGCGGUGCUGCCGGUAUACGCGGCCGCCCAAACAAUAAAUACUACGCCUACACCAUCAACAACAACAAUAAUAAUAAUGUCGACAAUGUUGACGCCGACGCCAGCAGCAUGCUGCUGACCAACGCGCUGCCUACAACGAUCAAUCGACCACCGAUCGCUUACGCCUCCACCGCUAGCAACCACUACUUAAACAGCGUGAGCGCUAACAAUAAAAACAAUAGGCAGAAAAGUCGCUUUAACAACAACAACAGUAAAAGCGCUUAUCGGGCGCGCGCGCGCUCAAUAGCCGGCGCGUCGGCUGUCGGCAGGUCACAGCACUGGGGCACGCCGCCGCGUAUAACAGCAUUGCACCGUCGCAGUUUUCGUCGACCCGUUACGGACUCCAUGGAAAAUGACGCUAACUGAAUGUGAAUGAAAAAAAUAUCGGAAAAAAUCAAAAAAAAAAAAAGAAAUUAUAUACACAUAUGACAAUAAUUAUGUUGAAGAAGGCGUGUAAAAAAUUAAAAAAAAAAUAUUAGCGCAUGUAGUAGUCAGUUUUGAAGCAGAAAAUUACAAAAAAAAUAAUAAUAAAACUUAUAUUGAAAAAAAAGAUACACAAAUGUAUACAGCUAAACUAACUAGUGAACUAUAUAUACAUAUGAAUGCGUAAAUUGCAUAUUUUAUUGUAGUUGUUAGGUUGAAAUGACAAUAAUUGUGUAUUUGAAAAAUGUUUGAAGUCAAAAAAAAAAUAUUUCAAAAAAAAUUGAGAGUUUUUUGGAGUUUUAAAGUGAGAAGACAAUAAAUAAGAGAGAAUAACUGACACACACACAUACAUAAAAAAUGUAUACAGAUACAAACGCACUAACAAACGGUAAACAGCUUGUACUAAAAAAAAAAUUAAAUUUAUAAAUAUAUAUAUCUGUAAAAAAGUAUAUGAAAUUAUAUGUAUAACAACGCUAUAGCAAAGAAGUUGAAUGAAUUGCAGGCAAAAACAAACAUAUAAUAUAUAUACAACAUUUUUUUAUUACAAUAUUAUUUCUCGCGAGUGUUCGUGGCAGUAACAUUGAGAAAAGCUCAAAAUGUAGUAUACCUUCAGGCGCGUCUUCUGUCUAUGCGCAACAAGCAAAGUGUAUUUCAUUUUGAUAACGGUUAAAGUUUAGGCAGGUGUUUUGAAAUAUAUACACCGUUAAGUGUUGGCCUUAAAGAGCAUAUAUUUUACUUAUCUGUACAGUUGUAGAUGUCAAUGACUGGAAUAUAUGCUUUGUUAUAGCGUACAGCCGAUUUCAUUUGUUUUGUCGCAUGCGACAUAACAACAUUUUGACCCAGGCAAAAUAUGGUCAAAAUGGAAAUCGCUGCAUGCUAUGCAACGGUAGCGAAUAAAAGUAGAGGGGCGAAGGAUAAGGAUGGUGAAAAAAUAAGAAUUUAUGUAUCGAAAAAUAUUUAUUUUUUUUUUUUUAGUUGAAAUAACGGUAUAAUUUUGGUGCAAUUUAAUUUUUUUUUUAAUUAAUUUAAUUUUAAAAAACAAAUAAAUUUUUUUUAAAUUAAUUUAAGAAAUCAAUUAAUUAUUUACUUUACCUAACCUUCAAACAACCUCAUUGCUAUAGAGUUGUCAUAUAAAUUAAAAGAUAAUUAUGAAUUAUAUAUCAAUGAAAGAUUUCAAAAAACAAAGCAUGGCAUAUCAAAAAGGCAGUCUAUAAACCAUUUAUCUAUUCUAUA